UUAUGAUAAACAAAUCCAAAGCCUGGGUUGAUAAAUAAUAUUUAGAUCUAAUGGGAGAACGCUAAAAAGCUGCAAACAUGCUGUUACUGAAACAAUUUCACAGCUGAGUCCAACUUGUAAACCCUGAGCUGACGUCACAAGUCCAGACUAUGCCAUUACGAAGACCAUCUACCAUAUGACAGUGGUUUCCCAAGAAGCUAGGGCGCCAUACAAAAGGUGAAGUCGGUGGAGGGAAGUGAGUCGACAUUUUGCUUUUAAAAUCAAACCUCCGAAAGUCAUCCUGUGGUACCAGCAGCUGCCCAUGUCGCAAGCGAGGGAGGACAAGUACAAACUGAAGCAUACGGUGAAAUCUCUCCUGUCCAAGUUCCUGUUCACAGCCGAGUCCAUCCUGGACAUGGACACCAGGGUCGCUGCAGUGCUUCUUGGUCUGCACGCGCAGUCCCACCUGCCACCCGCCUGCGCCAACUUCUUCUUCGGCGUGAUGGGCGCCGCUGUGUACGCCCUGCUGAAAUGCUGGCCCAAGUACGCUAGACACUCCUCGCAAUGGGACCAGUUCCUGCAGUACUCAAGGCCAUCAAGCGGUGACCAGGCCAACGACUUCGAAGUCCUCCGAGAGCUGGAGUCUUCCCUGGUGUAGCACAUGGAGCAGUGAGGACAAUGGCGCUGCACACAGCUUUUCUUGGAAUAGUAGUCAUUUGUAGCAAGACCAUCUCAGUUGAAGUUACCUUUUACAACGUAUACAGAGAUGGGAUGCGAUAAGGGAACUAACUAUUAAAUAGUUUCAUCUUAUUAUGUCACUGCUAUAACUAUAUCAUGUAUAGUGAAAUGUAAAGACACGAUUAUCUACCUUAUCAGAAAUUUCCCUGUGUUAUAGAGUAAAUAAACCUAUCUAGUGAAGAAGAGGUAUUUACCACAGGCGUUAAUAAUUCGAUCCAGGUCAGACGCUUAGUACAAAGUUCUAUAUAGCGGAAUUCUAUCAUUCUAUUGAAUGGCAUAAGAGGAAAUUUUUAUAGCUAAGAGAUAUUACAAAGGGGAAGUAAUAAUAGGAUUUUCUUCUCUAUGCUAUUUAUUCAGUUGAUUAUUUCCCUUACAUUGUAAAUUUAACUUUUUUUAUUUUAUUAACCUUGAUAGUAAUCAAGAAUUCAAAAUGAUUGAAAUCAAUGGUUCUAUCUAACUAAAAGAAAAAUAAAACAACAAAAUAUUAAUAAUAUCAUUGGUAAAAAUAUAGAUAAUAUAAAAAAAUAUACACUCGUAUGUUAAUUUAUGUAACUAUAUAAUUAUACAUUUCAAAUGUUUCGCGUGUCAGCACUGUAAUAGAUAGUAACUUGGUUCCAGUAAUUAAAAAAAUGGUGGUAUAUAAAUAUAAUGAUCAACUGUAUGUGUAAUUGUACAGUUCAGUCUCUUAUUCUAGUAGGCUUGAAGAGCUGACAGCAUCAAUAAAAGGUCUAUUUAUUUUUAUUUUCAUACUUACACAUUUACAUUAUUAUGAUAUUUGGUUUACAAAACUGGCGAAGUGUAAAGCAUUGAAGUAUUUAACAAUUGUAUAGGUUUAAAUAUGCUAUAUAAUUCUAGACAAAAAAAGAGGAUAACUUUACGAUAUUGAUAUGUAUCAAUAAAUAGCAAACUGGAACUGA